AUGUGUUUCUUUUUCCUUUCCACUCUCUCCAUCUCUCUCUUUCUCUCUCUCUCUCUGCCACUUUCUGUGUAUGUGUUUCUUUUUCUUUCCACUGUCUCUCUCUCUCCCGCUUUCUAUAUGUGCGUGUGUUUCUUUCUUUUCUUUCCUCUCCCUUUAUCUCUUUCUCUCUACUUCUUUGCGUGUUUUCUUUUACAUUCCCCUCUCCAUGAACCUUUUCUAUCUAUCUCUUUCUACGUUCGUGUGUGUGUGUUUCUUUUUUCUUUCCUUUCUUUUCAUCUCUUUUUUUCUGCCUCUUUCUACGUGUGUGUUUCUUUUUUUUCUCUUCAUCUCUUUCUAUCUGCCCCUUUUUUAAACGUGCGUGUACGUGUUUCUUUUUUCUUUCCCUUCUCUUCUUCUCUUUCUCUCUGCCUCUUUCUAAGUGUAUGUUUCUUUUUUUCUCUUCAUCUCUUUCUCUCUGCCUCUUCCUACGUGCGUGUUUCUUUUUUUCUUUCCUAUCUUUUCAUCUUUUUCUUUCUGCCUCUUUCUACGCAUGUGUUUCUUUUUUUCUCUUCAUCUCUUUCUCUCUGCCCCUUUCUACGUGCGUGUAUGUGUUUCUUUUUUCUUUCCUUUCUAUUCUUCUCUUUCUUUCUGCCUCUAUCUACGUGUGUGUUUCUUUUUUUCUCUUCAUCUCUUUCUCUCUGCCCCUUUCUACGUGCGUGUAUGUGUUUCUUUUUUCUUUCCUUUCUAUUCUUCUCUUUCUUUCUGCCUCUUUCUACGUGUGUGUUUCUUUUUUUCUCUUCAUCUCUUUCUCUCUGCCCCUUUCUACGUGCGUGUAUGUGUUUCUUUUUUCUUUCCUUUCUUUUCAUCUCUUUCUCUCUGCCUCUUUCUACGCAUGUGUUUCUUUUUUUUCUCUUCAUCUCUUUCUCUCUGCCCCUUUCUACGUGCGUGUAUGUGUUUCUUUUUUCUUUCCUUUCUUUUCAUCUCUUUCUCUCUCCCUCUUUCUACGCAUGUGUUUCUUUUUUUUCUCUUCAUCUCUUUCUCUCUGCCCCUUUCUACGUGCGUGUAUGUGUUUCUUUUUUCUUUCCUUUCUAUUCUUCUCUUUCUUUCUGCCUCUUUCUACGUGUGUGUUUCUUUUUUUUCUCUUCAUCUCUUUCUCUCUGCCCCUUUCUACGUGCGUGUAUGUGUUUUUUUUCUUUCCUUUCUUUUCAUCUCUUUCUCUCUCCCUCUUUCUACGCAUGUGUUUCUUUUUUUCUCUUCAUCUCUUUCUCUCUGCCCCUUUCUACGUGCGUGUAUGUGUUUCUUUUUUCUUUCCUUUCUAUUCUUCUCUUUCUUUCUGCCUCUUUCUACGUGUGUGUUUCUUUUUUUUCUCUUCAUCUCUUUCUCUCUGCCCCUUUCUACGUGCGUUUAUGUGUUUCUUUUUUCUUUCCUUUAUCUUCUCUUUCUCUCUGCCUCUUCCUACGUGCGUGUUUCUUUUUUCUUUCCUUUCUUUUCAUCUCUUUCUUUCUGCCUCUUUCUACGUGUGUGUUUCUUUUUUUCUCUUCAUCUCUUUCUCUCUGCCCCUUUCUACGUGCGUUUAUGUGUUUCUUUUUUCUUUCCUUUAUCUUCUCUUUCUCUCUGCCUCUUCCUACGUGCGUGUUUCUUUUUUCUUUCCUUUCUCUUCAUCUCUUUCUCUCUGCCCCUUUCUACGUGCAUGUAUGUGUUUCUUUUUUUCUUUCCCCUCUCUCUUAUUUUUUCUAUGCUAACAACAAAGGGCUGAGUAUGGAUACAAUGUUGUCCGACAGGCAAUUUCAGGAUCUGCGGGAGCAGCUUGCCUUGCAUAAAGAAGACACAAGAGAUUUAAUAGAACAAUUCUACCAAGAAAAAUUGGAUGAACAGGUUCGGGUCUUUUCAGAUUUCGUUAUAUUAAUAUCUUAUCGUUUUUCUUUCCCCUAUCUUCACAACUUUCCCUCUAUCUCUUUCUACGAACGUGUUUCAUUUUUCUUUCCUGGCUCAUGA